AUGGAGGAGCAGCUGUGUGCGGCGGAGACUAGGUUUUGGAUGUACAGCUACAAGGUACACCCAUGCCUGGAGCCCAUGCCGCAUGACUGGGCGACUUGCCCGCAGCAGCACCAUACGGAGAAGGCGGCGCGCCGCUGCCCGCGCACGUUCCGCUACUCAGCGGUGCGCUGCCCCCAGCACAACAAGAAGCUGUCGGGCGGCGGCCGCGCGACUUGCGCCAAGGGCGACGGCUGCGGCUGCGCGCACACCGUUUACGAGCUAUGGCUGCACCCCGAUCGCUUCAGGACUCAGAUGUGCCUCCACGGGGACGCCUGCACCAAGCCCCUGUGCUUCUUCGCCCACAGGUGA